CCGGGUGAGAGAGAGCGCUUCACGAUCCCGGGUCCACUGGCCUGCUAGAGCAAUGGGAAGUUGCUGGAGUUGCCUGUACAAAGACUCGGUCCCAGACAACCACCCCACCAAGUUCAAGGUGACCAAUGUGGACGAUGAAGGCAACGAGCUGGGCUCUGGCACCAUGGAGCUCACGCAGACAGAGCUGGUCCUGCACACACGCAAGCGCGAUGCUGUCCGGUGGCCCUACCUCUGCCUACGCCGCUACGGCUAUGACUCAAACCUCUUCUCCUUUGAGAGUGGCCGUCGCUGUCAGACCGGACAGGGGAUCUUUGCCUUCAAGUGUCCACGGGCUGAAGAGAUCUUCACUCUGCUCCAGGAGCUCAUGCAGUGCAACAGCAUCAACGUUGUUGAAGAACCGGUGAUGAUGGGCCGCCCCGGACACCCCCCUGAGCUGGACAUCCCACGCACCCCGCAGACCCCCAACACUCCAGCAUACACGGUGCAGGGGUUCCCAAAUGGUUACCCAGGGUACCCCAUCAGUGCGGACUCCUCCCACGCCUCUUCUCGCCAUCCCUCCCUGGCCGACGAUGACCAGACUCACACGUAUGUCAACACGGCAAGUGUGGAAGGAGAGGUCAGAGGUCGGCACUGCGUUCACUCUCUGCCCGAGGUGCGGCCCAGCACGUUCGCGGAGACCGCUCGCAGUUUGCCUCCCGUGGGCGGUCAGGGAGGCAGCCAUCCCGGCAUGCACUGCUGCCCCCACGAGGAGCACGGGGACCCUCAGGUCUUCCUGCAGACCACCUCCCAGGAGGCGAAGUUCAGGCUGGGACCGACGCCAGCGCAGCGCCGAAUGCUGGACCGCGAGAGGCACGCCCACCACUCCCAUGGCCUCAGAGGCCACGAGGAGGGAGCCGUGGCCUCAGAGAUGGAAGGCAGCGGCCCUCAGUCUUUGCCACCCUUUCACCUGCACAACCCGCACUCCUACCACCACCACCACCACCACCUGGCUCACCGGCACCCGGUGCCCGAGCCCCAGGAGGUUUGCCAGGCAACCCAGCUCACCUACGAGAACAUCAACGGUCUGCGCGGGUCUGCGCGCCGCCGUGGGCGCCGCCUCAACCCGUGUCCUGGCAGCGUCUCGCAUUCGGGGGGGUCCAGCAGCAGCAGCAGCGGGGGGGGAGGCCACCCCCUGCACUUGUCCCAAGGCCACGCCCACGGCCCCGCCUCCUUGCCCUCCCAGGGUUACGGCUGCGAGCGGGUUGCGGGCGGAGCCCACCGAAAGACGGCGCUGCUGAACUACGAGAACCUGCCGUCGCUCCCGCCUGUGUGGGAGUACUGCGCCCUGCAGCGGGACGAGGAGGACGACGAUGACGAGGAAGGGGGGCAGGACGAAGACGACGAAUACGAGGAAGAGGACUACGACGAGUACGAGUUUUCCGAGGGACCCGGUACCCCCAACGGCUACCACCAGGAUGGGGGCCACGCCAUGCGCAACUACGUCAACACGGAGCGCAUGGCGCUGGGGCCCCCCCGGCAGCCGCACUGCUCUGUGGGCAUUGACUACGGCUGCGAUUACCGCCGCGGUGGGAGCCGGGGUGGGGGCGGGGCGAGGGGAGGGUGCGAGCAUGGCCAUGGCGCCCCCUCCAGGCAGCUGAACUACAUCCAGGUGGAGCUGGACGGAGAGCCCGGCAGGGAGCCCGUAGGGGGCGGCGGUGCCCAGCAGCCACUGCAGCACCAGAUGCCUCCCUCUGGGCCGCGCCGCAGCGAAUUCUACGCCGUCAUCGACCUGAAGAAGACGGCCGCCAUGUCCAACCUGCAGAGGGCCCUCCCUCGCGAUGAUGGUACGGCCCGGAAAACGCGCCACAACAGCACCGACCUGCCCCUGUGAGCCGCGCACCUCCCCCCCCUUCAUUUCACCGGUCGAGCCAACGGGGCAGCUGGGGGUGUCGGUUCUCAUCAGCCUCCUCUGUGGUUUCAGCGAGGCUUGGUUUUCGUUGCCGCCUGGGUUUGUGGUUUUGUGGCAGGGGGCGGGCAGUGGCCGUGUCCCGGGCCUGAUGACAUCGCCGCGGGAUUUCUGUCAGCUCUGGACACCUACACCUUGUCUUUCUUUCUCUUCGUCCUCUUGGCUUUUCACCGCCAGUCGCUUUGGAGUGUUGAGUAUUCAGUGUGGGUAUGGGGAGCCCCUCCCCUGCGGUCAGUGUGGAGUAUGAAGCAUCCCCCCACCCCAUCCCACCCAUCCCAUCCCAUCCCAUCCCAUCCCAUCCCCCCUCAGUGUUUGUGUUGAACAAACCGGAGUGCAUGUGGAGAGCAGUUGCUUUCAGGCAUUGACCUGCGCAAUAAACACACUAGGGUCACGUGGUCAGGACCCCAAAAUGAAGUUGAAGUUGAAGUGAGCGUUUGCCAAAGGCCCCCCGGGGUCAAUGACGCGGGUCGCUUGAGCGCAGCGGUGCGUACGGGCUCUCGCCGCGUUGGCGCUGCGCUCAGGAAGUUCCUCGUGCUUCGCCGGCUGCCCCCGAAACGCGUUCUGCCUCCCCGGUUGUGGAAUACGGCGGGUCCCCGACUUACACGCUUUUGAGUACGGAACGUUUCGCCUUUCCGGACUCUCGACAAGUGUUUAGCGUUUACUUUUCAUAGAGCAGUUGGACUUGCCCAACGUGCUGGCAGACAGCGACUGCGAACGCGAAGGGCUGCUUUGAGUUCGUCAAAACGGCAAGGAGAAGGUGAAGAAGCCGUAGGCGAUCCUGCGGCUGCUACACCUACCGGAUCUGAGUCGUCAGCGAAGCGCCGCCUCUCCGUGAUCCUCCACCGCCAUGUAACACCUCCAGUUGUGAGUUGAUGGGCAGCUGCGGUCUGCGUUUCGAGGCAGAUAACGUACCACUUAGAUUGUUUUUUACAUUUCUUGCAAUUAUGCCUCUAUUUCUUACUGUUACGCCUCUGUCGGGUGUUGCCGAAUGCCAUGUGACGUGUCGAGUAAAGAGCGCAUCCCGGAGGGUGCGUGGGCACCAACACCGUGAUCUGCUUCUGGUCAGAGUUCUUUAUUCCGCUUUCGAAUCUGAUUCGGAACGCUAUGCGGGUGCAAUGCGUAAAUUGUACUUUUGCUGAGAUGCGCGUCGCUUUGGACAAAAGCGUCUGCUAAAUGAACGAAUGUAAACGUAAAUGUAAAUGUAAAUGCACGAGUCAUCCCGGCUCACCGGCGCGGGGUGGGGGAGGGGUUCCGCAACUCUGUUCCCGUCCGGAUCGCAGAGCUGUCGGGGUUACUGACGUCCACAUUGAGUCGUUUAGCAGAUGCUUUUCUCCGCGGCAACGAACAACUCGGGGUGAACGCAGCUGCAUUUCGCCGACGGUCCAACACCAUGUUCUUGACACAAGCAGCUGCUUGCAGAAUUGAGGAUGAGCCCCUGGAGCGCUGCAUUUUACGUUCGACUUGCAAACGUUGAGUAACGCGCCAGGUCUCAGGCCUAGUUAACUUGGUAAGUCGGGGACUAGCUGUACGUUGAAGUUUCCGUAGCAACUUUUAAAAAGUCAAGUUAGUGCCAAAAAUGUGCAUAAGUGAGGAGCACUUUUUCCGCAACUUCAUUCCAAUGAGCUGCACUUUACACGGAAAUCAAAUGCGGGCAGGGCACUGGUUUCCAUGGAAAUGGCUGCCAGAGGACACCCCGUCCCCGGGUGAUGCGGAGAUCUCCAUAGAAAUGGUCUCGAGGCAACACCUGGGUUUCCCCUUUGCUUCCUGGCUUCCCUCAGACCUUCGUUCGCUGACGUCGCGGAGCCCCGGGUCUCGGGCUCCGUUGCCUCGAACCGUCUUGCUGCUGAGCGAAGAAGACUCCGCAAGGGACGAAGGCCAGUACAGAGAGCAGAAAGCGGUAUGGCCGGCGCUCGGUGCGCACGCAACGGGGUACGAGAGCUCACGGUCGAAGCCGUCAGCUCAGUUGGCGGCGCUGCGGCCGGGGCUCGGUCACCAGCUGUCUGGCGGACCGAAGCGCUGUUGUUGCGGAGCUCGCCCUCUGGGUGGAAGCGUCCUGCAGAGAAAGUUGUCCGUUGCCAGUGGUCCGCUUGCGAGUGGCGCCGCGUUCCUCCAUCGUCUUCAAGUGCCAAACUUCUCGAGCUCAUUUAAAGUCUGAACGUGCGUUCGUUCCGUGUCUGAUCAUAGUGCCAUUAGGAUCUCGAGGGCUAAGCAUCAAAUCCAGAAAACCUCACGAGUAUCGAUCUGACUGUGAAAAUGCUCCGCGUUUCCUCUCACUGCUCCUCCUCCUUUCCUUUACCCACAAAGCAACGUGCAGCCCGCUCUGUUGGACCCACGCCUGGGGCCCGCGAGCAGCCGGGCUCGGCGCCCUCCGCCAGAGGCGCUUGGAGCCACCGGGUGUCUGCGGGGGACGAGGGAGACGGAACCUUCUGGGGAAUGAGCGGUCGCGCUCGUAACGUGGUCGUAACGUGGUCCUGCGCUGUGGUGUGGGUAUACCGCGUCACCCGUUGCUUUGGGGCGCUUCGAAUCACUUGCACUUUUAUGACUUAAUGGGGCUUUCGGCGACGUGUGCGGACGCACAUUUUACAUUCGUAGCAUUUCUGUUGUGCGCUUUGGUCCCUCUGGUCUUGGAGGCUCCGGGCCGGAGCCCUCACCGUCAACAUUUGUGGCUUGGAGACGCACUCGACCGCCUGAGCGCUCGGGUGCCAGCGACUCCGUGGCCGCCACGCAACCGUGCGCUCGUGUCUCACGUAGCCCAUAAUUUUUUACAGCCUGUAGUAUUGAAACGCAGCUCUAGAUUACAGUGAAGUUUCCUGUAUUGUACCCGAUGUUCGCUUUCCUUUAAAUAUUGAUUCACGACAACGUAGAAAAACAACUCCAGCAUAAGCUAAUUGAUGGAGCAGCUUGUGCAAGAUGAGCUGAUCCGAUGCUUUCGGCACUAAGGGUUCCGAAAAAAACGGGCCCGAAAAUGGGUUUCCACGUGCGUCCUGUCAGAACGCACCGUUUCGUCAUUUUCUGGGGAAACUUUGUUGUUGGAAAGUUGCUGUAUUUAGCAAAAAUGUGGACUCUUGCUCUCGCGAGACCCUUCACAUUGUCCAGUACCGCAGUAUUGCAGAAGUGACGUGGAGAAGGGAGACGCGCUUCUCCUCAACAUGCAAACUGCUGGUGUCCACAGCGUGUUCAUAACUUGUGUUCGAAAGUCUGCAAAGUCUGCAAACCACUUCACUUUGUUUUUAUGGACUCCUCUUGUCACCAAAGUGACUUGAACAAGCUCAGUUACAACACGGUAAAUAAAUAACAACAGAGUAAAGCAGCUGGCGUAUCGCUGAGCCACAGUCAGUGAAAGGUUAAUAAUGAUAACGAUCAUAAAUGAAGAAAUACUCUUUAGUUUAAUAUUUCCAUUAACUUUGAGCUGCUUUAAUAUUAAUACUGGUGGGCAAAAAUUUGUUGUUUCCUCCAGCUCCGUUUAAUCGCGGGUGGCUGAUUGAUCCCAUAGCCAUCGAUGUAUCGAUCGCCCGUAUUCCGCACACAAGCUUUAAACGCUGUGGAAGCGAGUCGAAUGAAGGCUGUCCCACACCUCUCUUCCGUUUCCCCGUCUUCGCCGCCUCCUGUCGGCCGGGAGGGUAAGCGCAGGACAAGAGAAAUGAAAGGGAAAUGUUCGCGUCUUGAAAUUAUACCGAACUCGUGUGAUUUUCGCUCCGGCGUGUCUGGACCAGGGUGUUACCCGCAGCUAUGAUCCUUAUUAUUUGCAGUUAGUCCAUCGUCGCUCUCGUGGCACGUCGCUACGGAGCGUGUCGUUUUGUCGUCUCUUUCUAGUCCGUCGCAUCGCUGUAAUUUACACGCGCUUUACCUACACGGCACCGUGCGUCGCUCCUCGAGACGCCGCGUGUCUUUUGCCGUGAACAUUUAACAUGCAACUACGUCUCGGUCUCUGCGACUCGCUCCCAGGAAGUAGGGCGGUAAUGAUGUCACGUCGCGAUGUGCAGGAAGUCAGUUUCCGUCGCUUGUUUAAAUCCGAAUGGACCUACAGCGAACUCGAACUGCCCGGGUUCUUUGCAUCUUUAAAUUUGCACUCGCACAAAACCAGGAUUUCACCUGGCUUAAUCGUUUCGGUUUCAGCAUUUCUGCCUCAUGCCAGCACUUUAUUGUGCCAUAAGUGACAGGUGCCAAAUACGGUCGUGCAGACAGUAGCAGGGCUGCUCUUGGGGGGUUCGGGGCUGUCGGGGAAUCCUAAUCCUAAGAAGUUACCUCGCCCACCCGUGUUUACAGAAAUAUUGUAGACCUCACGUUGAAUAGCAGCGAUCCUUUUCCGUUGUCGUCGUCAUCGUUGUGAUCGUUGUUUACGCGCCACAGCGUUCCUGCUUCAGGAUUGGAGGGUCUCUCCUGCCGGGCUUAUUUUCCGCUUUAUGGCGGUUCGGUUCGGACCUCUGGCCGAGCACCUGGCACGGACGGUGCCGCGGUCCCCUUAAAUGUUUACACGGUGCAGGCGAAAGCGGUCCAGCGCUCGUCUUUCUCCCGAUUCCACUGUCGUCUCCUUAGAGCCACGUCCCCCGCCCCCCAUCCGCGACUGUGAGCGGGACCAAGUGAGGACCGGACCCCUGGGACCCCUGGGACCCCUGGGACCCCUUCCUUCUUAGUGGCCAAUAAUGUUUCUGACUCGGGGAAUAACAUAACCAGCUGGCUGGCUGGCUAGCCUGCAGGGGGCGCUCAAGUUCUCUUUGUUAUGUACUUUGCACACAGUAUUGGUGGAGUCUCAUUCCACGCGGCACUUUGCUGCAGAGAGAAGCUUGGUCCAUUUCGUCCUCCUGUCCUUCGUGUCCCUUCGUCCACGAACAGACAAGUGUCCGCUUUCAGUUGAGCCACGUGGAGUCACACCCCCCGCACCUCUUUUGUCUCGGUGGAAAGAGAGCGAGUUUUUCCACCGACGUUACUUUGAUAUUUACGGCAAGUGGUUGAGAGCGAGGCUUGUACGGCACGCGCGUCCUGUGCCGACCGUGCAGGUUCCGCUCCAACCGUGUCUAAGUGACCUCCGGAGUUAAGGUACUCUGUAACUGUCCCCGCGGACAGAGUAGACGAACCCAGAGUCCCGGUUCACGCGCCGCCCCCAUCUUGCUGUUCCUCCGGUCGUGUGGCACGGCGGACGUUGUCUGGAAAAAGCGGAUCCGACACGGGAUCCCGUGAGCCCCGUGUUUCCCUCGGCGCGGAAGACUCUUAACCAGGUGGAGAAGGUCCGCCGGCAUACCCUACAGCAUGCAUUUGACGUUUCCCCUAUAUAUAUAAAAUCUUUUUGUACAGAAAGCAUGUUACUCUAAGUACUAAAAGUGUUUAAGUGAGCUGUAAAUAUCUGCCUCUGGUUUUAGUCUCGGUCUCUUAACGUCAGUCUGUCUGUUUCUUGGUUGACGUGAUGUAAGAAAACAGGAAAAAAAGAGUAAUUUUUAUGUAUUCCUUGCGGCGCGCACAAGGAAGAUGUAUAAUUCACAACGGUGGGCGUCGAUAUUUAAAAGCGGAAAAACGAAGAAAAAAACGACCGUGUUUUGAAUGUAGGGGGCAGUAGGGGGCUGGGCUUCAGCACAGGAGGCGCUCCUACCGGGGCCACGCUCUUUUAAUUUAUUUUAUACGUGUCUCGAGAGCUGAGGGCGUCGAUCUGUUCCGAGCGAAGCGGAACGCGGUGCGGGAUCUCGGGCUUUGCAGGCAGAGGUCAGCGGAGGGGCCGCGAACCCCUUGUGGUCCGCACUUCGGUUCCGCGUGACGUUUCUGCUCGCGCUCGCAUUUCGCUUCCUCUCCUGCCGAACGGCUCCAGCGUUGGCAAAUGGACAAAAACAAACUUUUUCUUUUGUUGGACAAGAAAAAAAUGUGAUUACACCUUUUUUUUUAAAGUCUUUUACUUGAUUUUUCAAGUAAAACAUGGUGUAGGUUUGUGUUUGGUCCUCUGUGUUCUUUAAGUGUGCGUUCAGGUGGAAUCCCUUGCAAUGCGUCUGUACUGACACUGAACGCAGCGACCAGGCACGUCUUUCGCUGGCCUCCAACACACGCGCGCGCGCACGCACACACGCACACGCACGGGCACGCACACGCGUCUCCUAGGGAAACAUCAUGAGGGUUUGAUCUGGGCAAAGAGCAGAAAAGCAGCGGCGCGGUGGAGAGCUUUCUACUCUGCAUUCAGUGAUUACGUGUGUAUAAGGUUGAAAUCCCCUCACCUGUCUGUUCUCAAGUGGAGAAAUGAGCUUUAAAGGUUCAUUUUGAGUAGAGGUUCUAAAACGCAAACAUUCGUGUUUGUCUCAUGAUCCUUUCCGGCGUGGGUCAUCAAGACGAGGAUGAAACCGGUCGUGUUGGAGACCAGCGGCGGGCUUCCCGACGUGGCGCUCGUCAGCCUUCCGCUCCGAUGGCAUCGGGGUGUUGAGGUUGAAAAUGUGAAAUUGCUCACUUGUCCAUCUUGGAAUGACCUUGAAGAUGUCAGCGGUCACGAUGACUUUCCAAGCUUUGCGGCUCCGUGAUGUCGGGUUGUGAAGUCCGCUCUGCCGUGGUCAAGGAUGCUUUGAGAGCUGUCGACCGCGUCCCACCUCUGUCUUCUACCCACACGGGUUCCGCUGUCUUCUCCAGCUGAAAAUCCUGGGCCUGUUCUUCAGAAGAAUGAGCCCUCUCAUUUCACAGCAGGUUACACAUCUGUCUACGCACGUGCUGUUGCGGAGCUGACGCUGGCACUUUUGGAGCGUAAAAAGCGACUGUGUCUUCAUCUCGGGUUCAAUAGCCAUGGCCUGCAAAACACAGCAGGAGGCGUAACGCCGAGGGCGACGGGUCGGGCCGCUCUCCUCCGAGCACACUUUUACUCUGUGUACUACCUCAUUGGCUGGAAUCAUUCCAUUUGCAUAACCUCUUAUUGGCAGCGGUGUUUCGCGCGGCUCCCCUCGCUGGCUAGGAUCGUUCCGCUAACGCGGAACGCUCGCAAGCCGAAGUGUCUGCGUUUGCGAACCUUCGCUCGGCGGUUGGGUUUCGCCCGGCGGUGUUUCUCCGGGGCCAGGAUCCUUCCGUUUUCUGUCGGCUACAGUCAUUCCGGUUGCGCACCAGGAUCAUUCCGUUCGGACGGGGUGGUGUCCGCUUGGUCUCGUUGGCGUUCGGAGCACUUUGCGAAGCCAAGUGACCGUUUCUCCACCGUUUGCAGACGGCGGCUGUUGCCGGUGGUUCUCGUGUAAAGGGCUAAAAACCACCGUGCCGCGCCGCGCGCAGGCGUCGCCUUCGUCGCUUCGCCGCUUUUGCCGUACGGAGCGGCCGAGGCGUCACCGCGCUCCCCGUCUGCACCGCUGAGGUUCCUCUCUGGAGCGCGGAGAGUCGUUUCCGGCAGCAUUACCGUGGCGGGCGGUAGCGUGUGGUGUCGGGACAUUGAAAGGGUUUCCACCUCAGUACGACCUUCUCCUCCGGGAACGGGACGACGGUGAAACGUUUCAGCUUCAGAGAAUUCCUGUGGGUGGAUGUGAAGGUUCAGAAACACACACGCGCGUGCGCACACACAC